UCCCUGGCCUCCAUUGUGGUCUAUCUCUCGCUUGGUCAAAUGAGUGUUGGUAAAAGAGCGGCGCGCAAUUAGGAUGUGAAUUGGCCUGGCGAAAUUCCACGGCGACAGUGCACCUUCAUAUCGCGCGGUCUCCGGAGGAGGGCACAGUUGAAUUGCCCAGCCCCCCAGAAAAUCAGAAAGGCAGAAAGGCUGCAGCCAUCGAUAGAGGCGAGUCUGUGUGAGAAGGACUCAUGCUCAUCUCGAAGCGAAUGAAGGUGGUUCUGGGCCUCAGCCUGGGCGGAAGACGCCGAACACGGCUGGCUUUGUGUGAUGGAAGGAGAAUUGUUUGGCGACGUCAUAUCGAAGGCGCCGGGCUGAUGAAGGCCUGCUCCAUAGAGGGCGAUGUGGCGUGUGCAUGGUUUUCAUGAUGUCGUGGUCGCGAUGCGGGGGGACGCUCAGGCUGGAAGACGCCUCCGCCACGCAAUUUCCAACAACGGAAGACCUAAGCGCAAAACAAAUUACGCGAUGAGGCUCAAAACCUCAGCUGAAACUCAGGGUCUCUGGCAUCUCCCCGCCGUGUGUCCCUUGGGUUCCAUCACCAGAAUGCCGGUUCGAAAAGCAGAGAAGAAAGUCGCGAUCCUGACUCCCGGCGCUGCGCACCGUACUGGCGACUACUCGAAUGUCUUCGCUCCGCCACAGCCGUACAAGCCCAUUCGAACUGAGGCACCGAUUCAACGGACAUUCCUCCCCGGCAAUCUUCCUUCGAUAAGUACUCACGAUGUGGGUUACUUCUUCAAUCUCGCCGCUUCGCUGUACUCCGAUCAUGCACCGCCAUCUACCUCAGGAGUAACACCAACGUAUGCAGCAGCGCCCCCUCCAUUUGAUGCCCCACCAGGAUACACAACUGAACCGCCAGACUAUGCAGAAGAGUUCCGACGUACAGCAGCAGACGUCGCCGCCGUCCUCGUGAUGCGUCUCUUCCGCCAAACAAGGAUUGACAUCUUCCCUAUCGCUGAGAGAUUCCAUCUUGGUCCCGCCGAUCGCCAACCACUCUAUUCACUGAAUGCGCAGCCCAGCAUCCGGUCUGGAACCGAGUUCAACGAACUCGCAAUCAGACGCAGAGACCCCGUCACCGGCUCUUGGUACUCCGUGUGCACAUCCGACAUCGAGCCAAGCCUGGAUCUAGUGAAACCCGGUAACUGGACCGUAGCGAAGCUCGUCCUGGAUUCAAUGCCGGUUUGGAAGAAGAUAGUGGCAGGCUGCGCUGUACCAGAGGCGACGGUGACGGGGAAAGGAAACUCCCUCCGGUUAUCGUGGGGAGACAGACAAACACUAGGCGCUCUGGGAAAUGCCUACGGUCUGUGGUGGGAUAACGGGGUUGAUCAGGGGCGGGCGGAAGCCUUCUACGUCGUCGAGGGGUGGACCGGCUUCGAUUCUCGACCGCAGGGUGUCGUGCGGGUCAAACCGGGAACUAGAGACGCAAACGGAAGAUAUCAAGACCCGCGCCGUGCACCUUACGAUUUGGCCGCGAUAUACUUUCAUUCCGACGGCAAGACUCCACCGCAGUUCGUUUGCGCGAACCCCGAAACGCACGUGCGAAUGGACGUCAUCAUGGCAGGAUUGAUGACAGUGCUCGUGGUAGAAACAAGGAAGGUGGCGGUUGUCAAAGAGCUUGGCAGUUUGCCCUCAUAUGACUCAGAUGCGCAUUGGUCGUCCACGUUUGUUGAGGAGGGAGUUGACCUUGGUGACGCUUGGGGAACUUGACGUGGUCCGCCCGCACUGUGCCACUUGGGCCGUUGUCAACUUCUUAUCCACAACAAAAUGCGCGCCUAGGAACCCUCCAGGUCAUCUCCAUCGAAAUAAUGGCAUCCGAUCGCCUUCGCUUGAGGUUAUGCCCUCACGCAUCUACAAAAUCCUGUAGUCCUUAUCUUCUCGAUCCCCGACCAAGCAUAACGCAGACGUGGUGGUACAGAACGUGAGUCACUGCUAAUCCGAUU